AUGUCAGGGCCGGUGCAGCGGUCAGCUGACGUCUGGCGACGCGCGGGGGACGCUCAGCCAGCUCUGAGCUGCAGUCGAGUCCCGCACUCGGUCCGAGGCGGACGCUCUCCGGACCGCGCCGCGUUGAGGCAGGAGCGGGCGGCGCCGCGCGCUACUCUGGCGCCGGGGCUGUUCUCACGGAGUCAGGUACCUGAAGUAGCGCGCGGAGCCUCCGCUAGAAAGGACGUGGUCGAGGAACGCCGGAGUCGGAUUGUGGCCGCCGCACGCCCAUUGUACUUCAUCAGGUGCUCUGGUGAUAAUGGUUCCAGGCGCUUGUUGGAGUACACUUACCGUGUCGGCGGUUGUCGUCGUGUGGUGACUGGUGUCCGCACGUGGUGGCCGGGCCAGGGUGUGAAGGUAAGCGGCCCGAGGAGACAAAGGCGGUGA